AUGGCAUUCUUCAAAUUUAUGGAAAAAAUUAACUCAAUAUCUAUAAAGGAAGUUAAAAAAACUCACCAUAAUUUUCUGCAGAAAAUUAAAAUUUAUCAUCUCAUGUAUAAACUGCAGAAGUCUGUGAGCAAUUUAGCAAUCUUAUUAAGUUUUGUUAUUUCGAUUAUAUCAUCAAAUGGCACUUUUGAAAACAAAAUUUUCAAAAGCAUUGUUGGUUUUCUAAGUGGAAUAUUACUAACUUUCACUUUUUUAUGCUUCCUCGUUUAUUCGAAGUUUACUCUAUCUUCUGCGACUUUCUUCUGCUCAUUAUCAGGAAUAGUAUUGACAAUCAGUUUAGCUUUUUCUUAUCGAAUCAGUAAAACUAAAAUGCUUUCAUUCUUCAGAUGCAUCACUUUAUUACUAUUUUUCCAAUGUUUUUCUAAACGUGGACGCCAAGCAUUGAUAGCUUAUGCUUUUGUUCUCAUGUUAGUUGGUCCAACAAGCAAUACACUUCAUAACGUUCAAGUAUUAUCAGAGCUUUUGUCCUGUGGACAGGAAGAAUUGAAACAAAUGAUUGAAACUUUCACAAAUCUCACUAUACAACCCUACUUAGCAUUUCAGCAUUCUAUUAUGCAAAUUGUCAAAGUUAUCAGCAAUGUAAUGGAUAAUAUUAAAAACAUUUUAUACACAAUAAAUCAAUGUUUUCUCAAUUCAGUAAUAAAGUCAGUUUACGAUUGGCUCAUAAGCAUUGUUAACCUUUGCAAUAAAAAGUUCGGAACACCGUAUGAGAAAUGUCAAAAUGUUUUUAACAUUGCUAUAGCUGAUUGUAAAGCAAAACUUGGACCAAUAUUUAAACCUUUCUGUGAAAUAGCAAAUACUGCACAAAAUUUAUGUUAUACAAUAAAACCUUUGGACUUCGUAUGUCUCUUGACUUCUCUAAUUAAAAAUAUGAUCUUAGAUACUGUUCAAAAAAACAUCAAAAGUUUUAUGUAUCAACUAAGAACAAUGUUUUACGUUAAAAUCAAUUUUUCACAUUUUUUAAAUUUUGAAACUCACAAAAAUAAUCAGUAUCACAAUAUAGUGAUAUAUAUCUUAAAAGAUAUCAAAUCUCAAAUUAGUAGGUUUUUGGUAGUGUUUAACUCAAUGAGUUUCGUAACAAGUUUCUUUUUCUUAUGUGUUCUACUGAGAGUUAUUAAUUAUAGAUACAAGUGGUUAACAAAAGAUUCUUUUGACAAUAAAUAUCUUACUAAUCAUUUUUAUGAUAUUGAUUUAAUUAGAAGACGAAAAAGAAAAGAAAUAGUAUUGCCACUAAGUAGAAGAGAAAAAAAGAAAUAUAUAAAGUUAUUGUCAACAAGAUUGAUUACUCAAGAGAAAAUUCAAAUGGCUAAAUCGACAAUUUUUUUAGGGAUAGUAACUAUCAAAUUUUGCAUUAAUUUAUUUGUUGAUCAUAGUCUUUUCUGGAUUUUAAGUACCAUCAAUUACUAUGGUCGAUUUUCAAUGAAAACUUUGCAAAGUAACAUUAUUGGAUUUCACAUUGUUGGCAAUAAAUACAUCGCUGAUAUCUAUCGAAAUAUAUCUAAAAUUUUCUUACGAUUUCAAAAUGAUAACAGAAACUCAACAUUUCUUUGUCUUUCGGAUCCGUCAUCACCAAAUUAUAACCAAUAUAUAACCAUUGCAAUUAUAAUUAGUUUUUGCUGGCUGUUGGCUCUCUUUGAGCCAUAUGGUAGAAGAUUUAGUCAAACGGUCAUGAGUUAUUAUUAUCCUGAAAGAGCAAGACAUCGAACAGUUUGGUUAUACAAUCAUAUUCUUCGAAUCCGAGAAAAUUUUUUAAAAUUUAAAUUAUUUUGUAAUGACAGCAGUGUUAUAUCCAAUCAUAUAAUGGAUGUCGUCGUUGAUGCAUUACGAGGCAAAUUUCCUAUAAUUCGAAAAAUAGAUAAAAAAUAA